GAAAAUCAAAAACAUAAAACGUAAAAAAUGUUAAUGCACAUUCAAAAGAUCGAAGAGUAGACUCCAAUCUCCAAUGACGCAAUGAACAGGAUGCCUACCCCGAGUCGCUCGUUGCUACGCUAUCUACGAGGUUUCUGCUACACUGACGCGCAGUCGAAGAAGACAUUUGAAGGCUGCUAUGCGUUCAGCACCACAGUCGUCGCUGCGUCCGGACACAGCAAAUGGGCAACCAUCAAGCACGAUAAGGCCAAAGUCGACAUGAAGAGGAACAAGCAAAGGUCUAUGUUGGCUCAGCAAAUAGAAUUGAUGUCUAAAUUGUACGGCCCAGACCUCGAUGCGAAUCCUCGCCUCAAGACAGUGGUUGCGGAUGCCAAGCGUCAAGGCCUCCCCAAGGAUGUUCUCGAGGCUGCCAUCAAGCGCGGCCAAGGCCUGUCAACCACCGGCAAACCGCUCGAGAGCCUAACCAUCGAAGCAGUAUUCGCUGGUGGCGUUGCAGCUAUCAUCGAGUGUAGUACGGAGACAAAGGCUAAGACGCUGAUGGACGUACGGAAUAUAUUGACCAAACAUUCGGGCAACCAGAGCCCCGUGCAAUUCCUGUUCAAAAGACGAGGCAUAAUCGUGUUGAAGCAUCCGUUGCCUGAAGGCGUCACAGUUGAAGGCAUUAUGGAGUGCGCGCUGGAGGUUGACGGGUUCGAAGACAUAGACGAAUGUGACAACGGGACGGUAGAGCUUGUUUCAGAGCCAAAUGCUGUUAGGGCAGUCGCCGACGCGGUUGUCGGUAAGCUGGGAGUGGACAUCCAGAGCUUGGAAAUUACGUGGCAGGCAAUGGACCUUGUCGACCCACCCCCAGAUAAUGCUCUCUUGAUCGAAAGUGCUGUAAAAAAGAUUGAGGAGAUGGCAGAGGUCCAGCAGGUAUAUUUAAAUAUGCGGAGGGGAGAAGGCGCAGCUGCUCGAAGUUAAUGGCACAAACCAUCUAUGUCGCCUAUUGUACAGAGCUUGGAGGAGUUAUUGUACAUAACGUAAUUCACCACCAAGUCGCGCACCCCACCAAAUCGCGCAGCAUAACAGCCAUCAAGAACUUUAAAGAUAUAUAGAGCAACCAUCAAAUAAUAUACUAGUG